ACUUCCGGGGCCGCUGUUGCAUCAGAUUGUGGGAAGCUGUCGCUGCGGGUGCGGGUCUCGGAUUCCUUAGGAUGGCAGGUUCCUCCGGAGAGCAGGCUCCCGACUACAGGUCCAUCCUGAGCAUUAGUGACGAGGCCGCCAGGGCGCAGGCCCUGAACGAGCACCUGAGCACACGUAGCUACGUCCAGGGGUACUCCCUGUCCCAGGCGGACGUGGACGUGUUCAGGCAGCUCUCGGCCCCUCCCACGGACGCGCGGCUCUUCCACGUGGCUCGGUGGUUCCGGCACGUAGAAGCCGUCCUGGGCGGCCCCCGCGGCAGAGGCGAGCCCACUGGGCUCCAAGCAAGUCGGGGCCGGCGGGCACAGCCCCAGUGGUGUCCCCCAGCCGGGUCCGAGCCCAGCCAGCUGCGCCUGUACAACAGCCUCACCCGGAACAAGGACGUGUUUAUCCCUCAAAACGGGAGAAGAGUCACGUGGUACUGCUGCGGGCCGACCGUCUACGACGCAUCUCACAUGGGCCACGCCAGGUCCUACAUCUCCUUUGACAUCUUGAGGAGAGUGCUGAGGGACUACUUCAAAUUCGACGUCUUUUAUUGCAUGAACAUCACGGACAUCGACGACAAGAUCAUCACGAGGGCCCGGCAGAACUGCUUGUUUGAGCGGUACCGGGAGAAGCAGCCCCCCGCGGCGCAGCUCCUGGACGAUGUUCACGCCGCCCUGCAGCUGCUGUCCGUGAAGCUGACCGAGACCGCGGAUCCCGACAAGAGGCAGAUGCGGGAACGAAUUCAGCAGGCGGUGCAGCUCGCCGCGGGGCUGCUGGAGGAGGCUGUGCGGUCGGACCUCCCCGCAGAGGACGUCGACAGCCGUGCGCAGGUGUUGCUGGAGGAAGCGAAGGACUUGCUGUCCGAGUGGCUGGACGCCACGCUGGGCAGCGAGGUGACCGACAACUCCAUUUUCUCCAAACUGCCCCAGUUCUGGGAAGGCGAAUUCCACAGAGACAUGGCAGCCCUGAACGUCCUUCCCCCGGACGUCUUAACCCGGGUCAGCGAGUACGUGCCAGAGAUCGUGAGCUUCGUCCAGAAGAUCGUGGACAACGGCUACGGGGACCAAGCCAAGAUGACAGGAGACAGAUCAUUCCGGGCUUCUGGGAGGCAGAGAGCCUUGGCUGGGCCAUGUAGCUACGCUUCCAACGGGUCCGUGUACUUUGACACAGUGAAGUUUGCGUCCAGCGAGAGACACUCGUACGGGAAGCUGGUGCCUGAGGCCGUGGGGGAUCAGAAAGCCCUGCAGGAGGGAGAAGGCGACCUGAGCAUCUCAGCGGACCGCUUGAGCGAGAAGCGGUCCCCCAGCGACUUUGCCCUAUGGAAAGCCUCCAAGCCGGGCGAGCCGUCCUGGCCGUGCCCGUGGGGAAGGGGCCGUCCGGGCUGGCAUAUCGAGUGCUCCGCCAUGGCAGGCACCCUCCUGGGAGCCUCAAUGGACAUCCACGGAGGGGGCUUCGACCUCCGGUUCCCCCACCACGACAACGAGCUGGCGCAGUCGGAGGCCUACUUCGAAAACGACUGCUGGGUCCGCUACUUCCUGCACACAGGCCACCUGACGAUUGCAGGCUGCAAGAUGUCCAAGUCCCUCAAGAACUUCAUCACCAUCAAAGACGCCUUGAAGAAGCACUCAGCACGGCAGCUGCGCCUGGCCUUCCUCAUGCACUCGUGGAAGGACACGCUAGACUACUCUAGCAACACCAUGGAGUCCGCGCUGCAGUUUGAGAAGUUCAUGAACGAGUUCUUCUUAAACGUGAAGGACGUCCUUCGCGCUCCCGUCGACGCCACCGGCCAGUUUGAGAAGUGGGAGAAGGAAGAGGCGGAGCUGAACGAGAGCUUCUAUGACAAGAAGGCGGCGGUGCACGAAGCCCUGUGCGAUAACAUCGACACACGCACCGUCCUGGAGGAAAUGCGGGCUCUGGUCGGCCAGUGCAACCUCUACAUGGCCGCCCGGAAGGCCGCCAGGAGGAGGCCCAGCCGGACGCUGCUGGAGAGCAUCGCCCUGUACCUCACGCACAUGCUGAAGAUCUUUGGGGCCAUAGAAGAGGAGAGCUCCCUGGGCUUCCCGGUGGGAGGACCCGGAACCAGCCUGGACCUCGAGUCCACGGUCAUGCCGUACCUCCAGGUGCUGUCGGAGUUCAGGCACGGGGUGCGGAAGAUCGCCCGGGAGAAGGAAGUCCCUGAGGUCCUGCAGCUCAGUGACGCCCUGCGGGACGACGUCCUGCCCGAGCUCGGGGUGCGGCUGGAGGAUCAUGAAGGACUGCCGACCGUGGUCAAGCUGGUGGACAGGGACACCCUGUUGAAAGAGAGAGAAGAAAAGAAAAAGGUGGAAGAAGAGAAGAGGAGGAAGAAGGCGGAGGCCGCCAGGAAGAAGCAAGAGCAGGAGGCAGCCAAGCUGGCCAAGAUGAGGAUCCCACCUAGCGAGAUGUUCUUGUCCGAAACCGACAAAUAUUCCAAGUUUGAUGAAAACGGCCUGCCCACACACGAUACGGAAGGCAAGGAGCUGAGCAAAGGGCAAGCCAAGAAGCUGAAGAAGCUGUUCGACGCUCAGGAAAAGCUGCACAAGGAGUACCUCCAGGUGGCACAGAACGCAGGCUCCAAGUGAGCGGGCCGGGCGGCCAGCCCCCGUCUCUAGGGCCACCAGCCCCCUCGCCGCGUCAGCCGUGACAGUGUCCCUGCUCUGAUCAUGUUUACAGUGGCCCUCGGUCCUCCAUUAAGAAUUUGUUUGUGGGGCCCACGCCAUCCCCACUCUGAGAUGCCAGUAAUAAAGCCUUCCCCACCGCGA